GUUAAGGAGAAGGAAGGACAUAUUUAGUUUUAAGUCCAAGAUUUGAAUUAUUGGGCAUUUUUUAAUUAUAUAUUUUGUUUAAAAAUGUCUACAAUUCAUUUUGGUUUGAAUGGUCAAAGGCCACCUUUGACAUACUCGAUUCAACAAUGGUACAAUUUUUUUUACGGCAACUGUACAAGAGACAAAGAUUUGCAUAUUUAUUUCAACCAAGUCGUGUUGUAUUUCCAAUGGCACUAUUCGUUUUUGGAAAAGUCUCAGAUACUCGGGAAAGUAUAUCGAUACCUUCGCAUACCCAAUGUAUGCGGGAAGCUUAACAAAAAAAAGUUUCUGAAGGUUUUAAAUGAGGAAAAGGUAGGCAGAAAGAAAAAAAUAUUUCAGAAACUUGAGAAUGUCGAUUCAUUCCGGUCCCCUUACAACAGUGACAUUUCCUCAGCCAUGCCUUCUGAUUUCUAUUUAUCACCCAAGUCUUACGAACACUCCGUACAAGACAUAACUCAAUUAAGCACUGACAGUAUCUCUUCAGUAGAAUCACCGAAUAAUUUUGACUGUUAUUUUUCAUCGCCUGGUUCAACACUCGGCGAAAAUGAGCACACCAUAGUCUCCGAUACCCAACGUACAUCCUUGCAGGAUCUCGCCACGAGCCAAAUAAGCACAUUGACUAAUAAAUCUGCAAGAACAGAAAAAAUUGAAAUCAACUCGAGUCACACUGACGUUCAAAUGGCAGAUAUGAUUAAUGAAUUAUUUACAGGCGUGAACAAAGACAUGAAUGUUUUGUGCAAGGGCGAGAUCUUUGUCGACUCAAAGCGUAACUUUAUACGUAAGCAGUCAAUUUUUUACGAACCGUGUAAAAUUGACCAGGAAAUCGACGUUUCAUAUGAAAUGAUGAACAUAUUAAAAGACUCCGAGGAAAGGCCGGUAUUUAAAACGUUGCCGAAUGCUUCGACCUUCUCUAGCUCUUCAGACAGCGUCGUGGAGAACGAAUGGAGGGAAAAAAUAAAACCGAGUUAUGUCGAAACAGACUCGACGAAUCAAUCUGUACGGAAGAAAAUUCCCACUAUCAUCUCUCCCUCUUUGAGCUUUACGAGCGACAAAGAUUUAAGCUCAGAAACCUCAAUGGAAAGUUUCCCUACAACAAAAUCAAGCAUUUGCAGAUUAUUAAUAGAGAGAAAAUAACAUUUUU